AUUAGGCGAAGAAAUGAAACCACCAAUCGUGGACAAAGAGGCAGCUAAAAUGUACGUUAAAAAAAUAAAGGAAAGAACCCGGCAGACGGCAGCUACGGUUAAUUGCCAAAAACAAAUGGGAAAAGAAUGGACCAAAAAAUUAUGGGAGAAGCUGGUGGAAGACCAAGAGAUGGAAUUCGAUUUAAAGAUCGCUCAGAAAGUGAUCACCUGUCAGUCUCAAUACGAAAAACGAAUGAUGACUAAACUCUGCGAGAUUAGGAAUCAGAAGCAAAGAAUUGCGCAAAAUAGGGGCCUUGUAGAAAAACUUAUGCAAGAAAGAACGAUAACCGAACGAAAUAUGGAAUUGGUAAGAGAACAUGAAGUUAUCGUUAAAGAAGGCGAGGACAUUAGAGCGGAAUGCAUCAGACUUUGUGAAUUGCAUAGAAGAAUGCACGAGGAGAGAGUUCGACAGGCUAAGAAUAAAAAUCACCGCAUAUGCUUAGAAGUUUUGAACGAUCUUAUAGAUAUCUCUCUAACGGCAGCUGAUUAUCGUCGCGAAUACAAUGAAAAUGCAAUACCGACAAAAAUCUGGAGCGAAUGGAAAGCGUUAUUUAUUAAAAGUCAACCCAUUUUUGAGACGACAGAGACUAUUGGGGAACAGGUAGUCAGCGAGGAUAUUAUGAGGGCGGAACAAGAACGACAAGGAGUGCUCAACGAAUCUGACUUUGAAAAUUACCUAAACAUUAGAGAGCCGUGGAACGAAUUUAUGCCAGAGAUUGAUCUCGAAACUCAAGAAAUAUUAAGACUCGGUAACAUCGUACUAGGCUACAUUGUACAUAGACUUUUAGAAAUUGUUUACCCGCAUGAUUCGACCCCACAGCCAGUCGGAGUGCCGAAAGUAUCCUCAGCUUGUAUUCUUCUUGGCGUUUUGGAUGAAUCUGUUUAUCCGACAAUUCAAGAGCUACUGAAAUAUCGUGGUAUUAAACUCCUUCGAAUGGAAGAUGCGAUCAAUUACUGUCUACUCUGCUACAAGGAGGAAAUGAAAGACUUUGUUCAUGUCGACUUGAACGCAAUCGAAGACAGCCAAAACGAAAUCCGACCAAAAAGUGCAUCGAAUCAGGUGGGUGCUGGGCUUAAAGUGGACGCUGCUAAUGGUCAAAAACGAAAAAAGACGUCGGAAAAAACUCCAUCAAAAAGCACGACUACGAAAUCGCGUGGUGUUGAUCAGGAAACGCAGACACCUCGGGCUAUUCCGAAUGACGACAUGGAUCCGAAUCUUUCGGAUCCUGCAUUCAUCGGAAAAUGGGCCCACGAAAUUCUGAGUCUGGGGCAGCCAAUACCCAACGCGUUGAAUACGAAAAUCCUUAUACAAUAUCUGAAGAGCUUAACGGAUGUGAAGGGGUGGGUUUUGAUCGACUACCCCUGCACCUAUGAGCAAAUGGCACGACUAGAAAUGGCUCUGACUGGUACACGAAUUUCUCUGAGCAACGAAGACUCCGAUGAACUGGAUGAUUUAAGAGAUGGAACAAGCCAGAAUUUUUCCGGAGAAUUUCUAUUCGAGGGUGAAAAUUCCGAAGAACUUUCGGUCCUAAGAGAAUCUCGCCUAGUUUGCAAUCCGGUGAAAAAAGCUGUAGAUAAGAAUUCCAACUCCUUCAUGACUGCCUACGUCAAAGCUAUACCCAAACCCAAGAAUAUGCAGGGUGACGAAACGGACAUGUACGAAAUAUUACCAGAAGACUGUACGGCGAUGGAUGCUUUCUACGCUGAAAAAGGCCUGGCCUAUGCUAUCUACUAUACAUCCCUGAAUUUGUUCACGUUGAAAAGAUUGUGUAGAGUUGUCAUCGGAAAUGUGUCGAUCCCUCGCAUUCCGUCCAGAGAACUUUUCGGCGAAGCUUUGGAUUUAAUGGAUGACAAAAGGGACGAAGAUCCACCACCUAGCAAAGCUCCCAUCGUCAAACAGUUGAUGUCGCGCCCUGAACUAGCCAUCGACGAAUGGGAAGGUGAAGGUGAAUAUGAAGGAGAGAAUCCGAACAGCCUGGAGAACGUUUUUAGUUUAGUAAAUGACGAGCACAGCAUCCCUCCAAAGCCUGGAGAAGACGGUUGGGAGUGGAUUGCUUUUCCUCAACCCCCGAUGCUGGUUGAGACUUUGGCGAAAUUGUGGGAAAACAUGGAGACGAUUUACAUAGAAAAUAUGAAGGAAAUCUUUCACAUGAAGAGGGUUCAUAAUUCUACAAUUGUGCCGUAUCGAAACUAUGUUUCCAAGCACAUGACUGAAUUCAUUGCACGUCCUGACUGUAAACAGGAUAUGUUACACGCCUUUCAGACAAACUAUAAUGAAAUCGAGAGGGACAUGCGAGAUGACUUGGACGUAAAAUGUGAACUACAUUGCAGAGUCGCAGAUUUCAAAAAAGAACUGUGGGAAAUUUGCGACGAUAGAAGAGAACAAGCUGAAGAAGAGCGGCAGCGAAUUAUCCGUCAUGAUUGGACGGCCGAUGAACUGGUCGUCUUAGCUAAUCUUUACAUUUCGAUGAUUGAGGCUGAACUAUACAGGUGCAUCGAUACCAUGCAACUUAUUCAAGAUUACUAUACCUCGAUGCUGCACAGACCGAUAAUCGAGACCCCCUUACCUAAACACCCUCUCCAAAGAUUAGAAUUAAAUGCGAACACACCAACGGCGUCAGUUUCGAAAUUGUCAGAUACGAGAGUCAGCAAAAUUUCCGCAAGGAUAACACCGGCUUCAAAAUCUGGAACCAAUACAACUGCAAGAGGGCCCCAAGCGGUACCAACGACAGACUGUACUCGUGUCAGAGAACAAAUUGCAGAUCUGCUUAUUUCGGCGAACAGAACCGAUGAAACCUUUUCGUGCAAAGAGUUGAUUUGUUACGAGGCGAUAGGUGCAAAUUUGGAGUACGUAAAAACCAUAAUAGAUUCCCUCGCGUCGUCGGUAUUUCAAAAUUUGAAGAAAGAAGAGGCAUCUUUUACUCCCGACGCUAGAGGCCGGAAGCAAAUUCCUAAGAAACCAUCAUUAAACACUACAAAUGAUCAGAUAUCGAUGGCUAAUAUUCUGGAGCGAGGAUCGGACAUAUGCGGCGAAUGGCGCUCCGCCGCUCGAUUCGAAAUCACCAGAGUACUCCUGAGACUUACGAUUUUGGACAAGGCAGCCUUGUCCGACAUGAAUCUCCUCUAUGAAUCCAUGGAGCGCUGUUUUUACGACGUAUUUCAGGAUAUCAAUGGCCGUUACGAGAGGGAAAUCAGAAGCGUUAAUGAGAUGGCGUCGGUAUUUUGCUUUGCAAUAGAAGAAGCCGUGCCGAUUCAAGAAGAGCUUUUACUGGACGGAGAUCGAUUCGUUGCGAGGUCUUCGGUACUCAUGUAUCCAGACGAUCCACCACCCGCUCCAGAACCCGUUCGGGAGGAAAUAAUCCCUUGGCAAUUUCGUAUGGGACAACUCGGGCGCAUCAUGGAUGUGCUCCGAUACGUUGCACCACACGGCAGCCUUCCCGAAAGAUAUUUCACCUACAUCCUUCAGGAUAUGGUAGUGUGCGGGGACGAGGAAACCGGAUCCCCUUACCUUCCGUCGUUAUGGUUCAAACUGCGACCCUCCGACAUUUCACGUUUUGUUCAGGAGAUCUUUAACGGCGCCGAGUACAUAGACUGGAGGGAAUUCAUAAUCUAUGCAAUGGACAUACCCGCGCCCACUGAAGAGGAAAUACUGGAGGCCAGAGCGCAGUUCUUAGCCAUGGAUUCAAAAGUUACAGAAACUGUAACUAGGGAAGAGUUUCAUUCUGUGAAGUUGUGGUUUCCACACUGCGACGUGAGAGAUGAUAACUGCAAGAAUAUGCUCCAUGAAGAUUAUCAGAGAGUUGAAGAUGAGAUGUAUGAAGAGGAAAGAGAAUUCGCAGAAAUUGUAAAGACUAGCGGAUUAUUCCUACCUAAUCACGCAUCGCGUGACUGCGGGUCGAUUUUUCCCGGCCAAAAAUCCAUCUGCGGUAGCACGUACUCUGGGAAUUCCUAUAAUAUGACUCCACAGAAUACGGUGCGAUUCAUGCUCGCUAGGGAAUUAAUGUGCGACUUGUACGCAGUGGGGUGUGAAAAUGUUAAUUACACCGCUUUCCUUCUGGCGUUCUGCAAGGCGUACGACCCUCGCGAAGGUUUUGGCAAGGCGCUGGCCUUGGCUCUGGGUGAAAGGAUUUGCAUCUCUGAAACGGAAGGAGAGAAGUAUGUUGCAGGAUUAUUAGAUAAACGACAUUCAGUUUCUAAAGACAAAGCUGCGAUGAAUGGUUCCCAGGAAGCUGCCGAGGAGAAUGUGUUAUUGGUGAUGAACGAAAUUUUGGAUCAUACCAUGAAACUGACGGAAGGCACUGUACCAGAAGUUGAUAGCGCGCGUCUGGGCGGUGGUAGCUCUGAAUCCAUCGGCCUGCAUCCCAAACAGAAAAUUCGUAUCGAAUAUCUGGACACAGGAUCGAAUGAAAAUUCAAGAACUUCUCACCCUCCCAUGCAGCUCUCAUCUCCUUAUCAAUUAUCUGGUAGCGAAGAGUCCACCAGAGGCGAAUCCAACGAGGAGUUGGUAACGUCAACGAUACUGGCCAAAGGAUACAGCAAGGAAUCUAUCGAUGCGACCAGCCGGACUACCUCCAUUCAUUGGAUCCCACAGGAGAGUUGUCUGGCAGUACUCGUUGCUAGCCUACCUUGGCACGCACGUCAACCGGUAAUAGUGGAGAUGACUUCCUGCCUUCGCGAAUGCCUGGGAAAGGUGUACGUCGAUCUUUAUGACGCAGAAAUCAGCGUCGACCGGAACCGCGCCCUUUCCCAUAGGCUGGUUAAUCACGAGUUCGUCACAAAUCUACUGAACUCCACCAGCGCAUUCACCGCUAAAAAUUUCGGUAACAUGCUCCAGAACCUGUUGACUGAGAGGUCCGGUCAGGAACAGUCUGCAAACGAAGACUGUUAGAAAUGGUGAACAAGUAAAUGUAACUGUGCACGACACAUGUGCAGACAU